AUGAGCAAUCGCAUCCUCUUCCAUUUGACUACAAUGCGGAAGCUGCAUCUCAGCGCACACUUCAAGACCACAAACGUUGUUGCUCGCGAAAAGCCAAAUAGUUGCCGCAUCUUGUUCAAUGUCAUCGUUGUCCUUUUCGGAAUGGCCGCAACAGGUGUUGCUGUCUGGUUUGUCAUGGAUUCUAGAAUCCAAAGUCGACCCAAAGUCCAACCAACGGAAUCCGACCGUUUUACUUCUAGUGCUAGCCUACAAGCCGUUGCACCACAAUCCACUGAUCCACCAUUAGAAAUCGUUGACAUGAAGCCUCUUUCCAUGUGCAUGGGAGAUUGCGACAAAGAUAGCGAUUGUGCCCGUGGUUUGAUGUGCUUUCAAAGAAAUGCAAAUACCCUGGUUCCGGGCUGUUCUGGAGGAUUGGAAGAUAGUAGCAGAAGCGAUUAUUGUAUUCCUGUCGAGCUGCCUCCUUUGGCAGUCACCGAAACAUUUCCACUUGGACUUUGUGAAGGAGAUUGUGACUCAAACGAUGACUGUAAACAUGGUUUAAUUUGUUACCAACGAACCGGAUUUGUACCCGUUCCAGGAUGUGCUGGGGGCUCUGCUGAUUCUAGCCGGACUGACUACUGCGUUCCUCGUGACCUCGUUCCUGAAACCUACAUGAGUUACUUGGGAGAGAAGCUCUUUGGAAAUCCAGAUGACAACUUUGGAUCUGCUGUGAGUUUGUCUCAAUCGGAGCCUCUUCUCAUGGCGGUGGGAGCUGUAGACCGUGGUUCGACUGGUUAUGUCAACAUUUACCAGCUAGAAGGAGGCGAUAGCUGGGUCUUGGCUGCGACCAUCCAAGGCAACGAAGUUGGUUCUGAUUUUGGUGAUUCUGUUUCCAUGUCUUGGGAUGGGAAGUAUGUUGCUGUCGGCAUGCCCGAGAGCAAUAAUGGCGGAAGAGUCAAGGUUUUCGAACUGUCAACGACCAAUUCAAAUGACAUUGGUUGGAACCAAGUUGGCAAUGAUAUUGCUGUAGGCAGUCCACAGGAAUAUGGUGGAUAUGCCGUCUCACUUUCCGAGGAUGGAAGCAUUCUUGCCGUGGCGGAACCGUACAGCUUCUCUACUUUUAAGAGAGCCAAUUCUGGACAAUGGGUGCUCCUUGGGUCGAGAGUGGACAUUGGAUCCUUUGGAGGAGACUCUAUAUCACUCUCUGGUGAUGGCUCUAGAGUUGCAGUAAAUGUCAAGCCAGAUGAUGUUUAUCCUCCCGAUGGAUACGGCCGUGUCUUUGAAUUUGAUGGCACUGAAUGGACUCAGGUUGGCCAGACGUUGGGUGACUUAUCCAUUGGUGACUCUUUUGGCUUGGACAAUAUCUACUUGACUUCUACUUCGCUGCCUGGUGAUGGUACCACUGUUGUUAUGUCGUGUAUUGAUCGAGUAGCUGAAGAUAGUUAUGUGCAAGUGUACCGAGACAUGGGAGACUCCGAAUGGAUUCAAAUGGGCGACCCCACCUUGGGCAAAUUGGAUGAGGGCAAAUUGGAUGAGAUGUCAAAGCAUCAUUUGGAUUGUAUACUCCGCUUUCAAAACAUGCGCAGGGAAAUUGUCCCGGUCUAA